AAAAAAAAUAUCAACUGUCUCCAACAAUUCUAUCGGUGUGGUAUACUCAGACAGUAACAGACAGAGGGAAAAUGGCUCAGCCUUACCCUCUUUGCUCUUCCCGUUCAGCUUCUUCCUUCUCAUCCCAUUAUCGCAUACCCUUCUUCACCAUCAUCCCUUCUCAUUCCAAAACCCUUCUCCACGCCCCACGCUUCUCCUUCCAACCCUUCAACACUCUCCAAGACGCCGCAAAACUCGACGACCCAGAUGCAAAGUCUCCAUCUUUAUCCAAAAAAUCCUUCUGGGUCAAUCCCAGAAGCCCCAGAGCCAAACAGCUUCAGCAGAAUUCCCCUCAUGCCAGGUCAUCAUCUCUCACCAAGCUCGCCAAGUCACUGGACUCGUGCAACCCCACCGAGGAACACGUCUCUGAAAUCCUCAACGUUUUGGGGAACAAUGUUGCAGAACGCGACGCUGUGUUUAUUCUCAAUACGAUGGCUAAUCCCAACACUGCACUUCUCGCCCUUAAGUACUUCCAGCAAAAGAUUAGCCCCGGUAAGCACGUUGUUCUUUACAACGUUACCCUGAAGGUGUUGAGGGAGGUAAAGGAUUUUGAAGGUUCAGAGAAGCUGUUUGAUGAAAUGCUUCAAAGAGGGGUCGAGCCAAAUCUCAUUACGUUUUCAACUAUAAUUAGCUCUGCUUCCGUGUGUUCCUUGCCAGAUAAGGCUAUGGAGUGGUUUGAGAAAAUGCCCUCCUUCGGGGUUGAACCUGAUGCGAGUGUAGCCUCCUUUAUGAUUCAUGCUUAUGCGCAUAGUGGGAAUGCUGACAUGGCUUUGAAACUGUAUGGUCGUGCAAAAGCGGAGAAAUGGCGGGUUGAUACUGCGGCGUUCUCUGCAUUGAUUAAGAUGUGUGGGAUGUUGGAGAAUUUUGAUGGGUGUCUAAGUGUUUACAAUGAUAUGAAGGUUCUUGGUGCGAAGCCUAACAUGGUAACUUAUAACGCUCUGUUGUAUGCCAUGGGGAGAGCUAAGAGGGCCUUGGAUGCCAAGGCUAUAUAUGAGGAGAUGAUAAGUAAUGGAUUUUCACCCAAUUGGCCUACCCAUGCAGCUCUUUUACAAGCCUAUUGCAAAGCACGAUUUCCUGAGGAUGCGCUGGGAGUUUAUAAUGAAAUGAAGAAAAAGGGAAUGGAUGUGAAUUUAUUUUUAUAUAACUUGCUUUUUGACAUGUGUGCUGAUGUUGGUUGCAUGGAUGAAGCUGUUGAAAUCUUUGAAAACAUGAAACGUUCGGGGACUUGCCAGCCAGACAAUUUCACUUACUCAUGCUUGAUCAAUAUGUACAGUUCUCAUCUCAAACUCAUCGAGUCUUUGGAGUCGAGCAAUCCAUGGGAGCAACAGGUCUCUGCAAUUUUAAAGGGUCUGGGGGACGAUGUUUCAGAAGGAGAUAUUAUAUUUAUUCUCAAUAGGAUGGUGGAUCGCAACACUGCAUCCUUUGUUCUUAGAUACUUUCAGAACAUGAUUAAUUUCACUAGAGAUAAAGAGGUGAUUCUUUACAAUGUGGUCAUGAAUUUGUUUAGGAAGUCUAGGGAUUUUCAAGGAGCAGAGAAGUUGUUUGAUGAAAUGCUUCAAAGAGGAGUAAAACCUGACAACAUUACAUUUUCAACUUUGGUUAACUGUGCUAGCGUGUCUGGUUUGCCUAAUAAGGCUGUGGUGUUAUUUGAAAAGAUGUCUCACUUUGGGUGUGAACCUGAUGGUGUCACAUGCUCAGCCAUGGUAUAUGCUUAUGCACGUACUAAUAAUGUUGACAAGGCUGUGAACCUAUAUGAUCGUGCAAAAGCUGAGAAAUGGAGCCUUGAUGCAGUAACAUUCUCAACAUUGAUUAAGAUGUAUAGCAUGGCAGGAAAGUAUGAUAAAUGCUUAGAAGUCUACCAAGAAAUGAAGGUUGUUGGUGUGAAGCCUAAUGUGGUGACAUAUAACACUCUGUUGGGUGCCUUGUUGAGAUCUAAGAAGCACCGACAGGCCAAAGCUAUAUAUAAAGAGAUGAAAAGUAAUGGAGUUUCACCAGAUUUUAUAACAUAUGCAUCACUUUUGGAAGUUUAUACUAGAGCACAAUGUAGUGAAGAGGCUCUUGGUGUUUAUAAGGAAAUGAAGGGGAAUGGAAUGGAUAUAACUGCAGAUCUUUAUAACAAGCUUUUAGCUAUGUGUGCUGAUGUUGGCUACACAGAUAGAGCAUCUGAAAUUUUUUAUGAAAUGAAAAGUUCUGGGACUUGCCAGCCUGACAGUUGGACAUUUUCAUCCAUGAUUACCAUGUAUUCCCGCAGUGGUAAAGUUUCAGAGGCAGAAGGGAUGUUGAAUGAAAUGAUCCAAUCUGGAUUUCAACCUACUAUUUUUGUUAUGACAUCACUCAUCUGCUGCUAUGGAAAAGCAAAGCGAACUGAUGAUGUUGUGAAGAUAUUUAAACAGCUCCUGGAUUUGGGCAUUGUUCCAAAUGAUCACUUCUGCUGUUCUCUUCUAAAUGUUCUGACUCAAACACCAAAAGAAGAGCUUGGUAAGCUAACAGAUUGCAUUGAGAAGGCUAAUACAAAGCUUGGGACUGUGGUAAGAUAUUUGAUGGAAGAGCUGGAGGGUGAUGAAGCCUUUAGAAAGGAAGCAUUAGAACUUUUAAAUUCAAUUGAUGCUGAAGUAAAGAAGCCUUUAUGCAAUUGUCUAAUUGAUCUUUGUGUCAAGCUGAAUGUGCCUGAAAGAGCACGUGACCUUCUGGAUUUAGGACUCAUGCUUGAGAUAUAUACAAAUAUCCAGUUCAAAUCCCAAACUCAGUGGUCUUUGCAUCUGAAAGAACUCUCAGUUGGAGCUGCCAUGACUGCAUUACAUGUUUGGAUUAAUGACUUGUCUAAGGCAUUGGAAUCAGGGGAGGACCUUCCUCCACUACUUGGAAUUAAUACUGGGCAAGGAAAACACAAGUAUUCAGACAAAGGCUUGGCUAGUGUAUUUGAAUCACAUUUGAAGGAACUCAAUGCUCCAUUUCAUGAGUCUAAGGCUGGCUGGUUUUUGGUUACAAAGGCUGCAGCCAAAUCAUGGCUGGAGUCUAGGGAUUCAACCGAAUCAAUUGCUGGUUUGAACUCUCUGGUUUUAGGUGUUCCAACAAUGGUCCUUUAGUAUUGAUAGUGUUGUUUUAGGAACAUGUGCCAUGUUAAUCUUUUUGGCAUAUUCCUAUUCCUUUUGCGGAAAUUUUGUACUGUAUAUUUAUGUAUGAAACUUCGCGUGAAUACAAGUAGGAAAACAUGAUUUUAAUACUAUUUUCUAAUAUUAAUUUAAUCUUGAUCUUAA